UGGCUGACGGCUUGGAAGCUCAGGACUCGUCCAAGUCUGCCUUUAUGGAGUUUGGUCAGCAGUCCUCCCACUCCCAGCAGAGCUCUCCGGCUAUGGCUGCCAGCCACUACCCGCUGCACUGCCUGCACUCCGGCUCCCACCCUCACCACCACCACCACCACCAGCACGACAGCUCGUCCUACCCGGCCACCAACUCCCAGUUACGGCCGCUCCUUGGCCGCCUAUCCGUACAUGAGCCAGCACAGUCCCUACCUGCAGUCCUACAACAACAGCAACAGUUCCAGCAGCACGGCCACCCAGACCCGAGCAGAAGAUCCAGAUCAGCAGAAAACAACAGUCAUUGAAAAUGGGGAAAUCAGGUUCAAUGGUAAAGGCAAGAAGAUCAGAAAACCCAGGACGAUAUACUCCAGCCUUCAGUUGCAAGCGUUAAACCAUCGUUUUCAACAAACGCAGUAUCUUGCCCUGCCAGAGAGGGCUGAGCUGGCUGCUUCCCUGGGCCUGACUCAAACGCAGGUGAAAAUCUGGUUCCAGAACAAGCGAUCCAAAUACAAGAAACUGCUGAAACAAGGUGGUAACCCCCUUGAAAGCGACGACCCCCCUCCCAGGCUCUGCUGCCCUGUCCCCCCGAUCUCCAGCCAUCCCCCCAGUCUGGGACGUUACAGCAUCAGCAAAGGGGGUGAAUAUCCCCCCAAACAGCUACAUGCCUAGUUAUUCCCACUGGUACUCUUCCCCACACCAGGACACAAUGCAAAGGUCGCAAAUGAUGUGA